UGAGACGGAGGGAAUGAAAGUAGAGACUUUACUUACGCCGAUGAUUGUUUGUAUUUAUAAUCGUUUAUGCCAAACUUCAACACUCGUAGAAUUACAGACUAGUACCGGCUUUACAACCCAGUUAAAUGCUGCACCUGACUAAAAAUUGUCAUCGUUUAUACUCCUGAAAUAUAGCAUUGCCAUGACAUCAGUACUAAGCAAAUUUAGUGGUUGAAACGUCACUUCCGGAUCUGCCAUUUUGCAGAGGAUUUCCAAUGUUUUAGGUAGCUGCAAAGAAAAGUGAAUCCUGUAUCACUAACGUAUCACGGCUGUUUUAUUGUAAUACAUACAGCCAAGAUCAGGCAGGAUGUCGGAUUUUGACAGCAAUCCUUUUGCAGACCCUGACUUCAACAAUCCCUUCAAGGAUCCUUCUGUCACACAAGUAACAAGAACUGCUCCACCAGGACUAGAUGAGUACAAUCCUUUCACAGAUACACGAACGGCCCCUCCAGGAGGUGUGAAAAUGCCAAACGCUGUACCUAGCACUCAGCCAGCUAUAAUGAAGCCUACUGAAGAACCCCCGCCCUAUACCCCACAUACUCGGGAACAAGCUUUGGCACAGGCAGAACUCCUAAAACGACAAGAGGAGUUGGAGAAAAAGGCAGCAGAACUUGAUCGCAGGGAAAGGGAAAUGCAGAGUCUGAGCCAGCAGGGUGGAAGAAAAAAUAAUUGGCCUCCCCUUCCUGAGAAUUUUCCUGUAGGGCCAUGCUUCUACCAGGAUAUUGCAGUAGACAUUCCCGUAGAGUUUCAGAAGACAGUAAAAAUAAUGUACUACAUUUGGAUGUUUUAUGCAGUCACGUUGUUCCUAAACAUAUUUGCUUGUCUGGCUUGGUUCUGCGUGGAUGCCUCACGAGGGGUGGACUUCGGUUUGGCUAUCCUCUGGUUCCUGCUGUUUACUCCAUGCUCAUUUGUCUGCUGGUACAGGCCACUAUAUGGAGCAUUCAGGAGUGACAGCUCAGUUCGAUUCUUUAUCUUCUUCUUUGUAUAUAUCUCUCAGUUUGCUGUUCACGUUCUACAGACAGUAGGAUUAACGGGUUGGGGUAACAGUGGAUGGAUUUCAGCCCUUACAGGCUUGAACACAAGCAUUCCUGUUGGUAUUAUUAUGGUAAUUGUAACAGCUUUGUUUACAGCUUCAGCAGUCACUUCUAUGAUCAUGUUCAAAAAGGUUCAUGGACUGUACCGCACUACAGGUGCCAGCUUUGAGAAGGCACAGCAAGAAUUUGCUACAGGAGUCAUGUCCAACAAAACUGUGCAGACUGCAGCAGCAAAUGCAGCUACCUCAGCUGCAGCUUCUGCUGCUCAAAAUACAUUCAAGGGCAGUCAGAUUUAGGAUGAAUUGAUGGAACUCGCAGAUGCUCCUCCUCAUGUCUGUUCUCUGUCAUGUUACUUUAAUUUAACAUGCUGCCCAUGUGAAGAGGUAUUAAAGACAAACAUUCACUGUCAGCACAGCAUGUGUAUCUCUGCCUUUCUGUUCAGACCUGCAUGGGAUGAAAAACAGAAACUAACAACAUGAUAGCUUCAGCGGUUUCACAUCACCUUUUCACCCUUUUUAUUUAUAUGUAUAUAUUGUUUUGUGUUUGAAUAAAUAUAGGUCUUUUCCAUUGCUCAUUUCUGAUGUGAAUGAACAAUACAUGCUGUGUCUGAGUCUAGAAAACGUUUUAGGGUACUGGAAGAUUUUUGAGUAGUAGUGCAUUUACCUCACAGACAGACGCAGACAUGGCACUCUGUUUUUAUCAGUUAAAAGUAAGUAUAUAUGUAUACUGAUUAGUAGAGGAAGUGAAUGUUUCUUCAGGCUUUUAUAACUGAAACAUGGAGGCACUUUGAAAACUUAAACUGUGGAGCUCUGCACUGUCAUUGCGUUGUCAUCCUUAAAGAGUGGUGAAGAUGGUGAAGUAGAAUCCCCACUGCAGCUGUGCAGGCAGCAUUAAGUAGUACGAGAAGUCAGGAUAUGAAGUAACCUGAACUGACUCGAGUCUGAUAUGGUAUCCUGGAUCUCUAAAGUAACAGGUGAGACACUAGUUUUAGGUGACACUUGUGAGAGCUAUGCCUUUUCACAGCGAUUCUCAUCCUUUAAAAUGUGUAUGGUAUGUUAAUUUUGUGAGACCACAAAGUCAUGUAAUUUCCUAAAUUGUGGCAAUUACUGUUUUCACAAGAUUGUAAAAUAGACUUAGUAAAGAAUUUUGAAAUUUAAAUAUUGAAUUUUGAAGUGGAAGUGAGAAGAUGCAGCUCUGCCUUUGUGGGGAAAAGAAAACGUAUACUUCUCCAUCGAUUUAACUGGAUUUCUAAUUUUAAGAUUUUUUUCUGUUUAACAUCUGUAGUGUGUAGUAAAAACUAGAGAUGACUGCAUUAUUUCUGAGCUCUGUGUACAACUUGCUGUUGUAUCCUGCUGCUUUGCAGCAAACAGAAAAAGUAGCAAGUAUGUAUGGUGCCUACUUUUGCACUUAAUCAGUAAAAAAUAAACACACACACUGUGUAUAUAUGUAUAACAGCUACAGUGGGUGCAGCAGGUAAUGCUGUUGCCUCAGAGCUCUUGAUAUCAGGUUAGGUUUCUGGCUGGGCUGCCUUCUCUGUGUCCUUGUGAAUUUACACCAAGUGAUUUGAUUCCUUCCAUGUAGUAAACCAUCCAGUUAAAUGAAUUGGCAGCUGUCCAAAUUGUUGUGGGUGUGUGUGUCUUGCAAGGUACUGGCAUCCCAGCCAGAACUAGUUCUCUGGCUUAUUCUGUUUACUUUCCAGGAUAGGCUCCAGCUCCUCCAUGGUCCUAAAUAGAAUAAAACGGGUGGUGGAGAAUGAACAAAAUGAUACAAAAAUACCCAUAGUGGUAUAGUAUGUUUUCAGUAUUGCUUUGCAUAAUUAAGAGAGUUCUUCUAUUAUGUGCACGUUCCUUAGUCCACUAACUGUUGUUUUAGGCACUCCUUUUGUGUGGCAUUUAUUUGCAUUUUCAUGUAAUGAGAGAGCAGAGCAUACUUUUUGUUGCUUUUGUUGAGUACGUUUGAAUUUACAAAUUUUUUGUUUGUGUCAUAAAGCAUGCAUUUGUGUGGUUAUUAGCAAUAUUUUACACUUUCUGUUAUGCCGUUGUUGAUGGUCACUGUCAGGUCAGAAAUAAUAAAGUAUUCUUUUGUGUGCUGUUCAAAAACAUUUAAAAUAAAGCUGCAGUGUAGAAUCUGCAGCAUAAAUCGAGUGCCUAUAAAACAUCCAAUAUUUCA